AGUGGAGGAUUUAGUGUUCGUGUUUGACUUUCAUUAUAUAUAUAUAAAGCGUCUUUAGGCUGCAUCCUGCCCGGGACUCAAUCGACCAGCCCGACAGUUCUGCUCCUGUGAGUUACAUCCGGAGUCUGCAGCAAACAUGGCCACUGAAAAAAGACUCUCUGCGAGACGUAAGCAUACUCUGAAGAGCUGUAUGCUGGUGGUGGCUAACAACCUGCUGGAAGCUGAAGCAUCGAACAAAGCUGAUGAGAGGGAGCGAUUUCUGGCAGAGAAAUGUCCUCCUCUUGAGCUUCCCUACUCCAAGGAGGAGCUGAAGGAGCUUUGCCAUAAACUCCACGAGCAGCUCGACAUCAGUGAGGAGGAGAGAUACAGCAUAGAGUUCAAGCUCAACUUGGUUCUAAAUGAGGUGCGAGACCUCAACAUCAAGAUUGUGGAUCUGAGAGGGAAAUUCAAGCGACCCCGCCUGAAGAAGGUCCGCAUGUCUGCUGACGCCAUGUUGAAGGCUCUGCUGGGCUCCAAACACACCGUCAACAUGGACCUGAGGGCCAACCUGAAGCAGGUCAAGAAGGAGGUCAAAGAGGAGGACAAGCAGCUACGCGAUGUGGGAGACUGGCGUAAGAACAUUGAAGACAAGUCUGAUAGGAAGAAGAUGUUUGACAGUUAAACAAGAUCUGCUAUUUAUUUCAUACAAGAAAAAAAAUCAAACCCAACACAGGUCUAUGUGAAGGAGUUUUAUACCAUACGGUGUAACACCCCCAAAGUCAUUUUAAACAUCCGGUUAAUGUGGUGCUAAGAUGGAGGUUAGUGAUGUGUUGCAUGUUAUCAUGAAAGGUUUGAUAUCUAAAGAUUUGACUUUGGUAAACUAGAACAUAGGUGAUGUUUGUUAUGAGCAAGGGGACAGGAUUUAAGAGGAAUGGUAAAUUAUCGCUGCAUAUGUGAGCUAUCCUGACACUGUGUUUUCAUCUGGAGGCGUUGGCGAUCUGAACGUAUGACUCAGUGGGUCAUUUCACGCUGGAUAAAACUCCUCCAAAUAAAUGUUUUGAAUCUCCAUUGUGACAUUUUAGAGCUGACUGUGCUGAUAUUAGAUCUCUGUGAAGUCACUCAUGUGCGAAAUUGAAACCCAUACUGGUUGUUUAUGGGUGGUUUUUCUUGUCAAGUAUGUCACCGCGAGUCUUUUGUGAAUAUACUUGAGUGAGGGAAUGAUGCACAAAACAAUUUUCACAAUUCACACUCUAGCCUAAUGCACGCAAGUGUGGAAUUGACCACUUUUCCAAGUAGCAUAUUCAUUCAGUAUUAUCUGUUUGGUUACCGUGUCAGUAUUUCUGUUGUGGAGUAGGGAAGUCAAGUUAGCUUGGCUUAGCUUGAGUUGUGGUUGCUGUGCUCGUGUGAGACAAAUCUCAGCUGCAGUCAGCUCUAAAUAGAGCUCCAAACUUCCUUCCUUAACUGUUCAAAGCAAAUGUGAUGUACCGUUUGUCAUGUUGAUUCACAUUAAAUUCUAAAUCUCCAUGUUCAUAAAUCGAGUUUGG